AUGCCUAGUGCCUCCUUUUCUUCUUCGCGUUCUUACGUCCGUAGAUCGCGAAGAAAAGGUGGACAUCGAAUACCACUGCCUUCCAGGACACAAUCGAGUGAACCAUGUGAGUCAGUGCCGUGCCCCAACAACGUAACGGGUAGCGCUAUGGCGGCGACCGCGUGUGCGGGACCCAGUGGCAGUGGCGGUGGGGGAUCACCGCCCGUGCCAGCCGCCGCCGCCGCCACCACCGCCGGCCACCACAGCCCUUACGACCUGCGCCGCAAGUCCCCGCCCGCGUACCACGAGCCCGGGCCGUCGGGUGCCUGCUCGCUGCCUGCCAGGAAGAGGCCUAGGACAUCUCUAUCACAGGGCGUGGACGUGUGCAAUGUGUCGCAGUACCUGCAGUACGAGCUGCCGGACGAGGUGCUGCUGUGCAUCCUGUCGCACCUCACCGAGCGCGACCUGUGCCGCGUGUCGCAGGUCUGCAAGCGGUUCAACACUAUCGCUAAUGAUACGGAGUUGUGGAAAAGACUAUACCAAUCAGUGUUUGAGUACGACACACCCCUAAUGCACCCGGCGCCGUGCCAGUUCGAGUUCGUGGCCGCUGACGAGUGCGACGCGGACAACCCCUGGAAGGAAAGCUUCAGGCAACUCUACUACGGCAUACACGUGCGCCCCAACUACCGUCCCAAGAAGGACUCGCGUAUUAAACACUUUAACACUAUUAGGGCGGCUCUCGAGUACGUGGAGGAGCGCGGCGGCGGCGCAUCGACGGCGAGCAGCUCGAGCGCGUGCGCGUGCGCGUGCUCGUGCGGCGCGGCGGCGUGCUCGUGCCGGCGGCCGCCCGCGCCGCCCGCCGCGCCCGCGCCCGCGCACUCGCUGCUCUUCGUACACGCUGGCCACUACCAGGAGGAGUGCCUCGCGAUAGACACGGACGUUCAGCUCAUUGGUUGUGCCCCAGGAAACGUAGCGGAGUCGGUUGUCCUGGAACGUGAAGCAGAGUCAACGUUAACGUUCGCGGAAGGCGCAAAUCGCUCAUAUGCCGGACACAUGACGCUCAAGUUCUCCCCGGACGCUACAAGCACUAUGCAGCACCACAAACACUACUGUCUGGAGGUUUCCGACAACUGUUCCCCCACCGUCGAUCAUUGUAUUAUACGCAGCGCUAGUGUCGUGGGCGCGGCGGUGUGCGUAAGCGGCGCGGGCGCCAACCCGGUUAUCAAGCACUGCGACAUCAGCGACUGCGAGAACGUAGGCCUCUACGUGACGGACUACGCGCAGGGCGCCUACCAGGACAACGAGAUAUCGCGCAACGCACUCGCCGGCAUAUGGGUGAAGAAUUUUGCCAACCCUAUAAUGCGUCGCAACCAUAUACACCAUGGACGGGAUGUCGGCAUAUUCACGUUUGAGAAUGGAUUGGGUUACUUUGAGGCGAACGACAUCCACAACAACAGAAUCGCCGGGUUCGAGGUGAAGGCCGGCGCCAAUCCCACCGUCGUGCACUGCGAGAUACACCACGGUCAGACCGGCGGAAUCUACGUGCACGAGUCCGGCCUCGGACAGUUCAUCGACAACAAAAUACACUCUAACAACUUUGCGGGAGUCUGGAUCACUUCCAACAGCAAUCCCACCAUACGCCGAAAUGAGAUAUACAACGGCCACCAGGGCGGCGUGUACAUAUUCGGAGAAGGCCGCGGUCUCAUAGAGCACAAUAAUAUUUAUGGCAACGCUUUAGCCGGAAUACAGAUUCGCACAAACAGUGACCCAAUAGUAAGGCACAACAAGAUCCACCACGGCCAGCACGGCGGCAUUUACGUCCACGAGAAGGGCCAGGGGCUGAUCGAGGAGAACGAGGUGUACGCGAACACGCUCGCCGGUGUCUGGAUCACGACCGGCUCUACGCCGGUGUUGCGGCGUAAUCGCAUACAUUCGGGCAAACAGGUCGGAGUAUAUUUCUACGACAAUGGCCAUGGAAAGUUAGAAGACAACGAUAUAUUCAACCACCUUUACUCAGGAGUCCAGAUUCGGACAGGCAGUAACCCUGUGAUACGCGGCAAUAAGAUAUGGGGUGGACAAAAUGGCGGUGUUCUCGUGUACAACGGUGGCCUAGGUUUAUUAGAACAAAAUGAAAUUUUCGAUAAUGCCAUGGCUGGUGUGUGGAUAAAGACUGAUUCAAACCCCACCCUAAAGAGAAAUAAGAUUUUUGAUGGCAGAGAUGGUGGCAUUUGUAUAUUUAAUGGUGGCAAGGGCGUGUUGGAAGAAAACGACAUAUUUCGUAACGCCCAAGCCGGCGUCCUGAUCUCAACACAAAGCCAUCCUGUGCUGCGACGUAACCGUAUCUUCGACGGGCUGGCCGCCGGCGUCGAGAUCACGAACAACGCCACCGCCACGCUAGAGCACAAUCAGAUAUUUAAUAAUAGGUUUGGAGGGCUAUGUUUAGCGUCGGGAGUGUCGCCUCUAGUGCGCGGCAACAAAAUAUUCAGCAACCAAGAUGCAGUAGAGAAGGCUGUCGGCGGCGGCCAGUGUCUCUACAAAAUUUCUUCUUACACAUCCUUUCCAAUGCAUGAUUUUUAUAGGUGCCAGACGUGUAACACGACAGAUCGUAACGCCAUUUGUGUUAACUGCAUCAAAACAUGCCAUUCGGGACAUGAUGUUGAAUUUAUUCGCCAUGACAGAUUUUUCUGUGAUUGCGGUGCUGGUACGUUGUCAAAUCAAUGCCAGCUGCAGGGCGAGCCCACGCAGGACACCGACACGCUCUACGACUCGGCCGCUCCCAUGGAGUCACACACGCUCAUGGUCAAC